GAUCAGUGAGCCCGGCUGGGGGCAGGAUGUGGAUUCUGGGCUGGCUGGGCAUGGCCAGCCUGUGCCUGGGGGCAGCUUGGGCUGUCCCAGCCAAGGACAGGAGGAAGGCAGAGAAGCCAAAGGCUGACCUGGCCCUCUAUGGAAACCUGGACCUGGACAACUAUGACCUGACCCUGGACAACUACGGGGAGAUCCUUGACCUGAGCAAUUAUGAGGAGCUCUAUGACUACAGUGACCUGGCUCCGAAGAUCGAGGUUGGCACCUUGGCUCCUCGCCCCAAGGACCCCAAAACUCUCCCAAACCUGGGUGCCACAGCUGAAACCCCAAAACUGAAGCCUGCAAGCACUGCUGGUCCCAUCCACCCAGCGCCCAUCCCCGUGCAGGGGCUGCCCAGCUGCCUGCUCUGCCUGUGCAUCGGCACCUCCGUGUACUGCGAUGACGCCGACCUGGAGCACAUCCCGGCCCUGCCCCCGGAUACCACGUACCUGUACGCCCGCUUCAACCGCAUCGGGGCCGUGCGCGCCGGGGACUUCACGGGGCUGAAGAAGCUGAAGCGGAUAGACCUGAGCAGCAAUUCUAUCUCCUGGGCGGACGUGGACGCCUUCCGCCUGCUGCCCAGCCUGCAGGAGCUCAUCCUGCCCGAGAACAGGCUGACGGCGCUGCCCGAGCUGCCCCUCAGCAUCGUCCGCCUGGACGCGCGGCUCAACAGGAUCCCCAGCGCCGGCCUCCGGCCCGAGGCUUUCCGGGACCUGAAGCAGCUGCAGUUUCUCCACCUGUCCGAUAACCAGCUGGAUUUUAUCCCGGCGCCCCUUCCCGAGAGCCUGCGCUCCCUGCACCUCCAGAACAACAACAUCCAGACGAUGCACGAGGACACGUUCUGUGACAGCCAGGACCACAGCCAGGUGCGCAGGGCACUGGAGGACAUCCGCCUGGACGGCAACCCCAUCAACCUCAGCCUCUUCCCCGACGCCUACUUCUGCCUGCCCCGCCUGCCCACGGGCCGCUUCUCCUGAGCCCCCCAUGCUGGGGAACACGGGGCACAUCCCAGAGCACCCCAAACCCCCUGGGCCCCUCUGCCCACGGAGAACGUGA